AUGAUGAUCAACAUCGAAAAAAAAAUGAAUGCACUGUCUUUAAAUUUUCGAUUAUUUGGUGGAAAAACAAUUUACAUUCAUAUGAUUUCCAGUUUUCGAUCUAUUAAGCCCCAUUACAUCAUGUACAAUGUUAUCGUUAUUUUAAUGCAAAAAAUAAACCACCACCCAACAACAACAAGUAUAAGAAACAGAAUUGGACCAUUAUGGAUAAUAUGAUCCAAGCAGCUCGUAAUGUCUGGAUAGUGCCAUUUUCAUUGGCCAUUUACAAUGGAAUAAAACAAUAUAAAAAUGAUCGACAAAAAUCUGAUUCAACUUUGACCAUCGAAGAUCUGGAUAAAAUUCCACCAGUAGAACUACCUAAUGAGCCCGAAGAGAUACAAAGACUAAUGUAUCGAAAAGUCAAAUUACGAGGAUAUUUUGAACAUGAUAAAGAAUUUCUUCUAUCACAAAGAACAAAUUUGCAAUUAUCCGAUAAUACUAAUAUAUCACCGUUUAAUCGAUCCGGUUAUCAUGUUUUGACACCAUUCGUUCUUGAAAAUGGCCGCCGUGUUCUCGUCAAUCGUGGUUGGAUAUCGGAAUUUCGCAAAAAACCCGAAUCAAGACAAUCUGGACAGAUACAGGGAAUUGUCGAAUUCAAUGCUUAUGUAACAUUUGAUGAAAAAAUGGAUAUGGUCACAAUAAUUCGAACAAUGUUUUGCAAAUACUUUUAUUUGUAUCGUUCGGAAACGUUGGAUAAUAUUUUGAACAUGGAAAAACUAGUCGAAAAACUUCAAAUCGAACCGAUGGCUAUAUUUGUGGCAGAUCGAGAAAGUACACAUAAAAUGGGCCCGAUUGGUGGCCAAUUAUCGUUCGAAAAUGAAAUGGAGUUUUUUCAACAAUAUAGAAAAGUUUUUUCUUAUUUAAUGAUAGCAUUUGUUAUGUAUCUCAUAUUUUAAGGCUAUCAAUUCACUCAUACAUGUGAUCGUAUUUUACCGAUUUUCGGAGGUUUCGGAAUAUUUAACUCUUUUCUUAAGUCUUCAAAAUCCUGUUCAAAACGUUCUUCGUAAUAAAUGCACAUGAAUUUUUUAGCCUGAUGGCCACAUUGUAA